AUUGAAAAUAAUUCACCGUAGUACAAUUUCUGUUCUAUCAGGAUUUGCUUUUAAAUGAAAAUAAAGAGAAAAUUCAUUUACUUGUAAACAUUGUUUUAUAGACUUCGUAUUAAAUUUGAAACAUUUGCGGCGCCACGAAAAAAAAAAAAAAUGAAUUCUAGUAGAAAUACGUUCCUCAUGACUUCCACGUAGAGUACUAUUCGGAAUAAUAGAUCUGUAAAGAAUUCAAAAUUUGCUUAUGACUACUGUGAUAGCUUUAAGAAGCAUUUCGAGUUAUUUUAACUACGUCACCAAAAAUAUCGUAUUGCUAAUAUUUACUCUGUUUGUUAGCAUACCAGCAGAUAUUUUAAUUCAAAUUUGAACCGUCAGCUAAACCUUCCCAAAAACUGAAAUAUAUUGAGUCCCUAAUGCCGAGUUCGAUACGUUUAACGUUUCGAGUUCGGAGCCAUAAUCGCUUAAUUGAAAAGUUUGCGCGACGACAGCGAUAUGGCAUGCUUAUAGUUAAAAAAAUUAUUUUAUUUUUUAACAUCGACCCUGCUAUGGUGAACACUUCUGCCGAAAAUUUUAUAAUUUUCUAAUGCCAUCCCUAAAGUAGUGCUCUGGAAACACUUUGAAAUGCUUAUGUACACUUGUUAGUCUUCAUUCGCUUGUUCAAAGAUGCUAAUCACGAGAAAAUUUUUAUUUAUUUGGGAAUGGAAAAAAUUCAAAAAAAGUUCCAAACCUUUAGUUUGGCACAAUUUUUUUUGUUAAUGUAAUUCUUUUCUCAUAAAUUUCGACCAACUUGGGUCAAAAAGUGUGAGCAAUACUUCUAAGUUAAUACGUAGAUUACCAACCUUGAAUUAAUAAAUUAGUGUAAUGGUGUUGAUUCCCAAAAAAUUCAUACAAUACUUUUUCUUAUCCGUUUAUGAUUAUCUCGAUUCAUCUUAGAUUUAAAAGUCGCAUAGAUGAAAGUGAGUCCGUGUCUUACAUUUACUUAGCUUUUCAGAUCCGAAAACUAUAGGGGACCGACUGCCUCGAAUCUUCAUCUUACUUGUUCCUAAUUCUCUUUUUUACACGAUCAAUAACCCAUUCGAUCAGCUCUUAACCCCACUUAACUGAUUUUCUAACUUAGCAUAGCGAUUUUCGAAUGUUCAACACUCGAAUUAUAUUUUGUUUUAAGUGGUAAUAAAAGUAGCAAUAAAAUUUUGCAGGUUUUUUAUGAGCGAAUGCACAAAAAGAUAAUUAAAAUAGAUAAAUAAAAAAAAAAAUAGAAAAAUUUUUCGAGAAUGUUUUCAAAACGUUAUCGGAAAUUUACCAAGCAAGCAGGUCCCACCGUAUCUUCCGUACAUAAUUUUAUGCAUUACCAAAUCCGCAUUCAAAAAAUUUUUUGAAACAAUAUUUUAUUGUGUAGAAUUUGGAAAUAAAAUAAUAAACAAGAGAAACAAUAAACAAAUACAACCAUGAACCAAAGAGGAUCUUUUCAGGUUCUUAUCCUUCAUUUAUUUUUUAUAAUUUUUAAACAAGGCGAAGGAGAAAACAGCGAUCAAUGGGUUUGUACUCCAAAUGAUUAUUGUGUUAUUGAUGAAGCUGCCAAUGUGGGCGACGUAAAGCGUUUCGAAAGCCAACACGACUGCCGAUUGUCAUGUGGUAAAUACGGCGCUAUUUGGCCAAUGCCGACUGGUGACUGUGUGCUUGGCCAUGAACGCAUUCAUUUUGAUCCGUGGAAAGUACGUUUCAAUAUUAUGGCUAAUAGCUCAUGGACCAAGCAAUUUUUACGUGAGACGAAUCGAAUCUUUGUAAGUAAUAUUAUCAAAGAAUGUUUACGAAAUUGCACAGUCGAGAGAAGUAAAGAAAUUUUGGUGAGGGUAGCCGUGAAUUCUACAAGUCUAACAUUAGAUUGGGAGUCUGAUGAAUCGUAUAAGCUAAACAUAAGGACAACAGGCGCUGCUACCUUUGUGGAUAUUAAAGCUGAAACUGUUUAUGGAGCCAGACAUGCUUAUGAGACACUAAGCAACGUUAUAACGGGUAGUGCAGCUAAUGGCUUGCUAAUGAUUAAUUCAGCUAGGAUACAUGAUCGUCCGAUAUAUCCCCACCGCGGUGUGUUGUUGGACACAGCACGAAAUUUUAUACCGUUACGACAAAUACGUAAUACUAUUGACGCUAUGGCAUCUUCAAAACUUAAUAUUUUUCAUUGGCAUGUGGUGGAUACACAUAGUUUCCCUCUAGAAAUUACUAGAAUCCCCGAAAUGCAACGAUUCGGUGCUUAUUCUCCAACCAAUGUCUACACACGGAGUGAAACUAUUAAUAUGAUCAAGUAUGCUCGCUUACGAGGAAUACGUAUUCUGAUUGAAAUCGAUGGUCCUUCGCAUGCAGGCAACGGGUGGCAAUGGGGCCCUAUGGCAGGUAUGGGUAAUUUAGUCGUGUGUGCUAAUCAAAAACCUUGGCGUUCAUACUGUGUACAACCGCCAUGUGGACAGUUGAAUCCUCUUAACGAUAAUAUGUACUCCGUAAUGAAAGAGAUCUAUGAGGAUAUAGCCGAAGUAGGUGCACCUGAGGAAACGAUACAUAUGGGAGGAGAUGAAGUUUUCAUACCCUGCUGGAAUGCUACCGAAGAGAUAACCCAAAAAAUGCUUGCAACUGGCUUCGAUUUGAGUCUACAGAGUUUCUAUAAACUAUGGUCCAUAUUUCAUGGUAAAAACGUAGAAUCAUGGGAUGAAGUAAAUCAGCGUCAAUUCCCCUACAUAAAGGAACCAAAACCAGUUAUUAUCUGGUCGAGUCAUAUAACUGAUCCCGAAAUAAUUGAAAACCAUUUGCCCAAAGAAAGAUUUAUUAUACAAACAUGGGUUGCUUCAAAUUCCUCUCUGAAUCCAAUGCUUUUAGACCUAGGCUAUAGAGUAAUCAAGUCUACUAAAAAUGCCUGGUAUUUGGAUCAUGGUUUCUGGGGACGCACUGUGUACUACAACUGGGCUACGGUUUACAAUAAUAAAAUGGAAUUGCACCCGAAUGUACUGGGAGGAGAGGUCUGCAUGUGGAGUGAAUAUGUUGAUGAAUUUGGUGUUGAGAGCCGUAUAUGGCCGCGAGCUGGAGCUGCUGCUGAACGUUUGUGGUCUAAUCCAAAGUCUGGUUCAUAUCAAGCACAAUAUCGCUUCUAUCGUUAUAGACAACGUCUUAUUUCAAGAGGUAUACGACCUGACGCUAUAAUACCGAAAUGGUGCAUUCUGAAUGAAAAUCAUUGCAUGUAAAUUUUCUGUUUUCCUUGCAAUAUGUAAUAAAAUCAGAAAUUAAAGGAAGUUUUACAUAA